GUCAACUUAAAUGUCAGUAUUUAUUUAUUGACUUUCGUUCGUAUUCCUUCAUUACAUUUGAAAUAUAAUUCUUAGCUCGGAUAUGGAUGCACUUGUAAUUUAAAUUCCAUGACAAGUGAAACGAUGUCAGGUGACCGCAGCCCCAGCAAUAUUGUUGAUUUCUCAGAUCCCGAAGAAGCAGUGCUCAUGGAUCCCAUAGACCACGAUCGCUGCCGAUACCCUUACUGUAUUGUUUGGACCCCUAUUCCUGUGCUAACAUGGAUUUUCCCCUUCCUUGGACACAUGGGCAUUUGUACAUCUUCAGGAGUUAUCAGGGACUUUGCUGGCCCUUACUUUGUGUCUGAAGAUUUGAUGGCGUUCGGGAAUCCCACAAAGUACUGGCAGUUGUCUCCUCAGAAGGCUAAUAAUGGUCAGGCCGGGUGGGAUGCUGCUGUUGCUGAAGCUUCUGAGAUAUAUAAAAAAAGAAUGCACAUAUUGUUCUACGACAACUGCCACUCGCAUGUAGCAACUGCUCUCAACAUCAUGAGCUAUGGAGGCUGCAAGAACUGGAACAUGGUCAAACUUGCUUUCUAUAUGAUUCCAUACUCCAAAUACGUCAGUUUUGGAGCAUUCCUGAAGACUUGGAUACCAUUCCUGAUAAUAGUAGCGUUAAUAGUGGGUUUGGCGGCAAUUAUAUAGACUAGUGUUUUAUAAGUAAAUAUUAUAAUUAUCUUCUAUUGUGGACUCUUCUGUGGACCAUGUGUGAUUGUAAUGUUGGUGCUGGCUGUCUGGAGGCGUUGAGUCAUGGUCUGUGAUGUGUGCAAUGCUUCACAUGUAUUCAAUCAGAUCAUCUUACCAGUUAUGAGAAAUAGUGUAAUGUUGAUCUUUAUGUAUUGAUAAGCUAUUCUUCUGUUAUUCUAUACCCUCAAUUACUUUAUUAUUUCUGCUCUGUAAAAGCACCUGUGGUACAUUAUUCAAGUAUUAAUAUUAUUUUAUUUACAUAAAUCUAAAUUAUGUCUUAUUUUGUUUUAUCAAACUAGAAGUCAAAGAGGUUUGAUACUAUGUAGCAAGAAAGUAUUGUUAUCUUUGAAACUAGAUGUUUUUGAGUGGAUUAAAAUAAAAUAUUUUUUAUUUGGUC